UAUAGCAACGAGAGGAAGCCAUUCUUGUUUACAUUCAUAUUACCAAUCUGUAGCAAAAUGACAGGCGAAAACGCCGAAAACAUCACAAUGGAGCCUCCACAUAUUUACGUAGAAAGGACAUUGGCAAUAAUUAAACCUGACGCUGUCCACAAAUCAGAAGAAAUCGAGGACAUAAUUCUCAGAUCAGGAUUUGCUAUUUUGCAGAAAAGACGAGUACAUCUAACCCCAGAACAAGCUAGUGAUUUCUAUGCAGAACACUAUGGAAAACUGUUCUUCGCGAGUUUGGUUGCUUACAUGUCAAGUGGACCAGUUAUUGCACUUGUGAUAGCGAGAGACCAGGCCAUCUCAUACUGGCGUGAGUUGAUUGGACCAACUAACACAGUCAAGGCCAGACAAACACACCCAGAUUGUUUACGAGCAAUAUACGGUACAGAUGACCAGAGAAAUGCCCUCCAUGGGAGUGACAGUUUCACAAACUCUGAGAGAGAAAUCCGAUUCUUCUUCCCUGAUAGUAUUGUAGAGCCAGUGCCUGUUGGCCAGGCCUCCAAGGACUUCCUGUCCAGAAAAGUAAACCCCACUCUCCUGAAGGGCCUCACAGAGCUCUGCAAACAGAAACCACUUGAUCCUGUGGUUUGGUUGGCUGACUGGCUGCUAGAAAAUAACCCAAACAAGCCUCGCAUAGCCCAAAUGAAAGUCCAGGAACCGGACAACUGAAAUGUGUACUGUGUACAAUAACUUGUUGAGGAAAUUAGGCUGACAAAAAAGUGAAAAUGUUCAUGUCCUUAUAAAUGCAAUUUUCCAAUUCUUAUUAAAAAUAAUAUAAGUCAGCUUUGUUUUAUUAACUUUGUUUUAUUGCAAAAAAUGGUACAGUGAAAAUAUUUCAUUCGUAGUUGAAAAUGAAUAAGAAUUGUUUUACCUGAUAAAUGAAAGUUUAUGGAUCUUAAAACAUGGUAAAAUAGGUCUUAAUAUAUUUAUUAAACAUUUCAACUAACAUAUAGUAUAUGCCUGUGAUAUUUUAUGUUUUCUUAUGAAUGAGAAAAUAAAAACAUUUUAAGAUA